UCUCUUUCACACAACUCCUCCCUCCAUCUCGACUCCCACUUUUCAAAACCCCCCCACUUUUGUCUUUCACGAGCAGUACCCUCCCCCGACCCGAGCUGUGAAGGCUUCAGCUGAGCUCUCUCUCUCCCCCCUUCCCCUCGAGGAAAAAAGAAAAGAAAGAAAAAGAGCCCAGCUCAGCUCAGCCCAGGGUUUCGUUUAUCAAUAAUCACCACGCCACCCCACCCAGACCACACAGAGAGCCCAGCAGCUCACUGCUCCAGCCUCGAAUUGAGCUGAGAACAACCUGUUGCUUGCUUGCUUUCCUUAGGGUUUCCCAAUUCACUUUCGGCCCUUCCUUUCCUUUCUGCUCACACCCCCCUCCCCUCCCCCUCCCCCUCCCCCUCCCCUCAUUGGGGCAGCCCGCCCGCAUUGAUGGGGAUCUGGCUAGCUAGCUAGUACCAAGUAUAAUCCUCAGAAUCCGAAGUGGAGGGGAAAGAAUUACAAAAAAAAAAAAAAAGUGGGGAUCUUUCUUUCUCACUAUUGAAACUAUGGAAGACAUAGGUCUGUUCAAGCAAGGUUGGAAGUGGAUCCAGUCGCAGAAGCAUGCCUGCUCGCGUGCCAGAAAUGCCGCCUCGUGUUUCAGAGAUAAAGCGGACAUCUUCGUGGAGCGCCAUUGGCCGGUGGUUUGUUCUUGGUGCUCUAGGUUUGGGAAGUUGGUGCUUCUCCUGCUGCUUUAUUGGAGGGACUGUGUCUUCAGGGGCUUUCAUUCGGUUAUUGGAUUUGGUCCUGCCGCUCUGCUCCUCAUCAUGUGGAGUUGCUUCCUUAGUCUAACUUCCUUGUCUUGCCUGGUUUAUGUAGUCAUUAGCAUGGGAGCUGCUGGAGCUGCCAUUCAGUACUUAGGUUUCACUCCAGGUCUUUUUAUUGCGGGACUUUUCGCAAUCUUGGUUUUAUGGAUGUAUGCCAACUUCUGGAUAACUGGAACCUUGUUCAUAAUAGGAGGUUACUUGUUCUCCCUGAACCAUGCACGUCUGGUGGUUUUGAUGGCAACUCUUUAUUCUAUUUAUUGUGUCAAAGUUCGAGUUGGAUGGCUUGGUGUUCUUCUUUCUAUCAACCUCGCCUUCUUCUCGAAUGAUGUACUGAGCUAUUUGCUUCAGUGUUGUGACAAUAUAAGUGAGAGUACGCAGUCCACUGAGCAGAAGGAAUCUGAAACUUUGACCGAAGAUGAAUAUUCUGGAGACUCUGAAUUUUCUUCUCAUGAGGAACCUGAAAAGGUGCAGUCGUGCAAAUCAUCCAGCAAGCCUCCUGCCUCCUCAUCUAUCAUUAAUAAGCAGAAAGAGUCAUCUACCAGCACAGUGGUUAGAGAAGAAACAACUUCACUUGAUGAGAUGAAAAGGAUAAUGAGCAGUGCUGAUCAUUAUGAAUCACUGGGUUUUCCUCGGCAUAAGAAAAUUGAUGCCAUGAUUCUGAAGAAGGAAUACCGGAAAAAGGCCAUGCUGGUUCAUCCUGAUAAGAAUAGAGGAAGUUCACUUGCCAGUGAAUCAUUCAAGAAACUUCAGUGUGCAUAUGAGGUUCUUUCUGAUUCUACAAAGAAGAGAGACUAUGAUGAGCAACUAAAGAAAGAAGAAACUAAAAGUAGGAGUGUUUGCCAACAGACACAUGGUUUCUCGCAACAGGAUGGUACUGAUUAUUGUGCCGAAGAAUCAAGACGCAUUCACUGCACAAAGUGUGGGAAUUCUCACAUAUGGGUCUGUACCAACCGAAGCAAGACCAAGGCAAGAUGGUGUCAGGAUUGCUGCCAAUACCAUCAAGCGAAGGAUGGAGAUGGAUGGGUCGAGUACAAAGGCUCUUUGGUUUUUGAUAGGCCCCACAAGGUGGAAAUACCCCGGGCUUUUGUUUGUGCUGAGAGUAAAAUCUUUGAUGUGUCAGAAUGGGCCAUCUGUCAGGGCAUGGCUUGUCGUCCAAACACACAUCGUCCCAGCUUCCAUGUAAACAUGGUUGGCCUCGAGAGAAAGACUCAACGGUCCAACUCUAGCAGAUACCCAUGGGAUUUGGAUGCGGAAAUGAUGGACGAAGAGGAAGAAGAAUUUGAACUGUGGCUUCAACAAGCCCUUGCCUCGGGCCUCUUCUGUGAAACCUCAAAGCGCAGAAAGAGCUGGAGCCCAUUCAAGCUGUAUCAGUUGAAGGGGAAGAAGCAAUGGCGAAGGGCAUCUUCUUAAAUGAAUGAAUUGCAACGCAUGGAUGUGCCCUCUAGUCCCACCUUGAGAGGAGAAAGGCGAAACUAAAUCCCGGAUGCCAGGUACUGUUUGGGAGGUGGUGGGUGUUCUUGUUCAGAUCCAAACUUUGUUCAACAUCUUCCUGUUGUGGAUCUUAAGUUUCAUUCUCAUCAAAGAUGAGGUCGUAAUGGAUCUGAGGGGUAACUUUUGUGCUGGGUCAUCAGCGUGUAAAUAAAGUUAGGUUCAAUUCUAUUUCUUCAGAAAAUUUUCAGUAGGUUAGAAGGUCAGUUUUGCUGGCAGUCUGUGUUGGAAGCUAUUUGGAGUAUUAAUCAGAGAGCAAUACUGAUCCCAAUCGUGUAUCCCGUGUACUUACUGUACAUUGAUGAUCAAGAAGCCUGUCAAGUCCUGCUUGGCUGCAGGCCGGCUUAGCUUGAAGUCAGGCAAAGCACGCUCGCAGGACAUCCCUAUCAAAUUGAUUGCUGAUGGUUACAAAUUGCUGAUGAUUACAAGCCCUAAGUCGUUACUAUCUAGGGAGAGUAUUUUUAUUGCAAACUUGAGCUUUGAACUUCAGAAA